UCCAGUCGCACUCCAUGGAGGCACUUUGGCCUGCGUGUGUGCUUUGGUUAGCCUCAAGCUUUCCCUGCUGACUAUGAACUCAACUGCCAUCAAUGAGGGACCACAGUACGACUCACCACUGGGGAACUUCCACAGCUUGUCCACACCUUUUUCAAGAGGUCAAUGACCUCCCAGGACACACUUUCAUGUAUCGGAUGAGCACUUUUAUCAAGUGAGGAAAUGGCCAAGGUGUACAGACUCUAUGUAGGAAUAGUAACAGGUAAGAUUUGCAGUUUUUCACUUGAAUCAGUGUCCACCUUCACUGCUGUGUGGUGGUAAAGUGAUUUAUUAGUUUAGCAAACCAUGACAGAUACACAGGAGUGAUGUACAUUAUAUUCUAUGCUAUAAACAAUCUGAACUUUUUAUACAUGUUUUCUUCUUUGGAGAUAUCAUGCUCAUAUAAAAAUGCCACUCUAUGUAUUCAUGUGAUACUGUUUUGACUGCUGGCGCACUUUUCCACACCCAUGUGCUUUAAAAGCCAUGCAGAGACAGUAGACUUAAGGACAGUGCUUUCCCUUCUGUGCUGUAAUUGUACAGUAGACCAAAGUGUUGGUUAAUAAUUGAAUGAAGAGUCCAUACACUAACAAUAUACACCCUGUGAUUACUGAUCAUUGUCAUAACAAGCUUCCCUCAUAUGGAGUGAAAAUGACAUUUGGAUACCAAAUGGAACUGCCUGUAUAUAAAUUUACUGCUUUGAGACUGGCCAAGAUAAUUACUAUGGUUUGUCUUGAGAGUAGUAAAAGUGUUUGUUAUUGAGAGAGUGUGGCUCAGACAGAAGUGGGCGUGAACACUCUCCUCUUCCUUCCCUAAAAGGCUGGCUGGCAUCAUGACGCAGAAACUAUUUGACAAUUCUUUGCCUGUCAUGGUGCUCUCUAAAGCAGUUUCUGUGGGUGGGAUUAGCUUUUAGCAUUGUACAUGUGUAUCUAUUUGUGUGUGUGUGUGUGUGCGUGUGUGUGUGUGUGUGUGUGUGUGUGUGUGUGUGUGUGUGUGUGUGUGUGUGUGUGUGUGUGUGUGUGUUUGUGUGAUCAGCUAUUGUUUGUGUUUCUGGUUGCAGCUCUGGCCUUAUGCAAAUACUCCUUGGCAGAGUGGAAUACCACCGAAGAGUCUGCCAAUCGAACUGUGUCCCACUGUCAUCAUCAUGGAAAUGGAGACAAUUGCACAGGUAAUACAGGGCAGUGGAAUGGUCACUUUUCAAAAUGUCCAGAGGACCUCAUGCACUACUGUAUCCACGGGGAGUGUCGUUACAUUAAAGCACAAAAAGCACCCUCAUGCAGGUGCCAGCAUGGUUACAUUGGUUCCAGAUGUGAAUACGUGGACCUGGAUUGGCGGAUAGGAGAGAAACGGCAAAUCAUAAUCGCCUGUGUCAUCGCGGGGCUCGUGUUCCUCAUUCUUCUCAUUGUAUUCAUCUGCAUCUGUUCACAUCGUAGGUGCAGACUGUGGCGGCGGAGGGGAAGACGGAGGGAAGAACCACCGAAUGGGACAGAGAAGCUCAGUAUGAUGGACACCAGAGCUACACACACAACCAUAACGCCAGACUUGACAGAGCCACCACACACUAACGCUGUAUGAGAGUGACGGCAGUGUGCUGUAGAAGCUCCCUCUGUGCUGGACAGGAAUGAGGCCUGCUCAAAGGAGGGACAUUUUUGGAUAAAGUGUGGCUGCGUUAGAACAAGCAGGAGCACAAAGGAGUUCGCUCUCUCCUCUAAAGGGGCAGCCCGGCCUGAAACUUCAAAGAAGAUGCUUUCCUGGAUUUAUGGUACACACAAGUUGGAGAUCAGUGUUCAGCAGGCAUUGAGUUAGCAAGGAUGCUUUUUUUCCCCUGCUGUUGAAGAGCAACAGGCACUUGUAGCCUUUCACACAGAGCUGCUGACUGCAUGGCACUAAAUAAAAUGUUGCUAUGUUGAAAAAAGCUGUGACACCAUCUGGCAGCCGGUGAUAACAGUCAAUCAAGUUAAUGGUCUGUAUGUGUGGGAGACACAGAGACACUGGUGAACGAGAGAAAAGGGACUGUAUGAAGAUGCUACACUCCAUGUUCUCUUCGGGGAACUCUUUAACUAAAUAACCCAUUGAAUGUAUAGAAAUAUGCUGAGUACCAGCAGCUGCAGUAUACUGCUUCAAUAUGCUGUAUUUGUGUGUCAUAUUGUUUAUACUUUGUUUAUUGCUGCUUUUGGUAAAGUUUAAUCUCACAAAUGCACAGUGUUGAUAUUUAAAAAUUAAAAACAUCAGCUCAGUUAUCACUUAUUCCUCCUUCAUAUCUCUAUGUAGACUCACACAGAAUAUUGUUACUCAUCAACAUUAGCAAUGCAAGAAGAGCCUUCGCUAUAGGAAAGGUUGCAGUUCUGGACUCCCAGGUUUGGACGAGGACAAGGAGAACUUGUGCUGGAGGAUUUUUUUGAUCUGUAUAUUUGGAGCCGAGCAGCCUCCGAGCUACAGAGACAGAACAGCCGAGCCUGUGUGUGAAGGCUCGACUGAGGUGAAAGUGCUCCACUGUAUGAGACAAACUGCCAGCCUUUCACUGGGUUUAAUGUGUAUCUGUAUGUGUAUUAGCUCUGCAUCUAAAUGUAGAAUGAAGAGCGUUAGGACACUCCUAGUGUUUAAAUAUAAUGUAUUUUCAAUAAAUAUGUCUGCUGUAAAGUAAA